AGCCAUGCUGGUGUCGCGGCGGCUCGUGCCCCUCGCCGCCGGCGGUGGAGCCGCGAGGAUGGUGACGUCGGCGGCGGAGGUGGCUGCGGAAGGCGGAGGUGGGGAGGGUGGGAGGGGGGACACGCUGGGAAGGAGGCUGCUGAAGCUGAUCUACCCGAAGCGGAGCGCGGCGGUGGUGCUGCGGCGGUGGUCGGAGGAGGGCCGGACGGUGCAGAAGUACCAGCUCAACCGCGUCGUCCGCGAGCUCCGCAAGUACCGCCGCUUCAAGCACGCCCUCGAGAUAUGCGAGUGGAUGAGGACGCAGCCGGAGAUGAGGCUGCUGCCGGGCGACCACGCCGUGCACCUCGACCUUGUGGCCAAGGUCCGGGGCCUCCCGAGCGCGGAGAAGUUCUUCGAGGACAUGCCGGAGCGCGCCAAGGGCCCGUCCACCUGCAGCGCGCUCCUGCACACCUACGUGCAGCACGGCCGGCGUGACAAGGCCGAGGCCAUGCUGGGGGAGAUGGCCAAGGCAGGGUACCUCACCUGCGCGCUCCCCUUCAACCACAUGAUGUCGCUCUACAUGUCAACCGGCGAGCUUGAGAAGGUGCCGGAGAUGAUCAAGGAGCUCAGGAGGUACACCACCCCGGACCUGGUGACCUACAACAUUUGGCUCACCUACUGCUCGAAGAAGAACAGCGUGAAAAGCGCGGAGAAGGUCUAUGAUCUGAUGAAGGAUGAGAAGGUGGCUCCUGACUGGAUGACCUUCAGCUUGCUGGGAAGCAUUUACAUCAAUGCCGGCCUACAUGUCAAAGGGCGGGACGCUCUGGUAGAGAUGGAGAAGAGAGCUUCUCGGAAGGAGAGAGCCGCGUACUCCUCGUUGCUCACGCUGUAUGCAAGCUUGUCAGACAGGGGCAACUUGGACAGGUUGUGGAGCAAGAUGAGACAAUUAUUCAGGAAGUUCAGUGACACCGAGUACAAGUGCAUGCUUACUUCGCUUACAAGGUUUGGUGAUAUCGCAGAAGCAGAGAGCGUUUACAGUGAAUGGGAGUCCACUUCAGGAACAUGUGAUUCGAGGAUCCCGAACACGAUCCUCUCAUUCUACAUCAAGAAUGGCAUGAUGGAGAAAGCUGAGAGUUUCCUCAAUCACAUUGUGCAAAAGGGUGUCAAGCCUAGCUAUAGCACUUGGGAAUUGUUUGUUUGGGGCUAUCUGAGCAAUGACAGAAUGGACAAUGUUCUUGAAUGCCUGAAGAAAGCUCUGUCAAGUUUGGAGAAAUGGGAUCCAAAUCCUCAACUCGCAACGGCGAUAUACUCUCGGAUUGAGGAGAAAGCUGACAUUGAAGCUGCAGAGAAGCUCCUUGUCAUGUUCAGAGAAGCAGGAUAUGUCACAACUGAGAUGUAUAACUCAGUCCUGCGCACUUACGCGAAGGCUGAGCUGAUGCCGCUGAUAGUUGAUGAACGCAUGGAUCAGGACAAGGUCGCAAUGGACGAUGAAACGAGGAGAUUACUGAGAUUGACAAGCAAAUACCCGAUUGGUGAAGUUUCAACAUUGAUGUCUUGAGGCGCAGCUGCAAGUAUUGUCAAGGAAUCUCCAAGUCUACGGAAUGCAAUGUGUUUAUGGCUGUCACUAAGUUAUUGCUCUCGUGUAUUUGCACUUUUGCAGUUUUGAAGUAGAAUGCAGAAUAGUGGUCCUAGACUGAUAGAUGGGAGUGAUUGUUUGGGUGUUUCAUGGAAAAAGUCAAAUACUCUUAUACACCCUCCAUAUAGAAAUGUUUGAUGAACUAGCUAACAUCAAACCAAAAAGUUAGGAGAGAGUAGCAUAUUUGCAAAUGAAAAAUAAUUUAUAAAUAAACUU